UUUUGUUUAUUUCCCCGCGUGCGUGCGAGACAGAGAAAUGUUUGCAGAAUUGCUGUGCGGCGCCGUGGCUCUGGUCCUGUAUGUCAACACUCUGGGCGCCGAUUUCUGCUACGAUGACAGCCGUGCAAUCAAGACUAAUCAGGACCUGCUUCCAGAGACCCCCUGGACAAACAUCUUCUAUGAUGACUUCUGGGGCACCUUGCUCACGCACAGUGGUAGCCAUAAGUCCUACAGGCCCCUCUGCACCCUCUCCUUCCGCCUCAACCACGCUGUGGGUGGGCUGGAGCCCUGGGGUUACCACCUGGUCAAUGUGGCCCUCCACGGGGCUGUGACAGGCCUGUUCACCUCCCUGGCUCGCCUGCUGCUUGGAGGCGGCCUGUGGAGCCUGCUGGCCGGCCUGCUCUUCGCCUCUCACCCCAUCCACACCGAGGCGGUGGCGGGCGUCGUGGGCCGGGCCGACGAAGGUGCUGCCCUGUUCUUCUUGCUGUCCCUGCUGUGCUACAUACGUCACUGUAAGCUGCGGGGCCAUGCUGGGCCCUGGCGGCUCGUGGCCUGGUUCCUGGGCAGCCUGGGCUGCGCUGCGUGCAGCAUGCUGUGGAAGGAGCUCGGAGUGACCGUCCUGGCUGUAUCGGCGCUGUACGAUGUCUGCGUUUUCCACAGGCUCAAACUUCAACAGGUCAUCGUACUCCUCUACAAGAGGAAGAACGUCCACCUGCUGCUGAAUGUGUUUUUGCUGGCAGCCUGGGGAGCCAUCCUGUUGGCCUGCCGCUUCUACUGGAUGGGUAACAAACCCCCCAACUUCUCCAACUCUGACAACCCUGCGGCCGACUCACCCUCCGUCCUCACCAGGACGCUCACCUUUUUCUACCUGCCUGCCAUCAACUUCUGGCUCCUCCUUUGCCCGGACACGCUCAGCUUUGAUUGGUCGAUGGAUGCCCUGCCUUUGAUCAGGAACCUCGCUGACUGGAGGAACUUUCAUACAGUGGCCUUCUACGUUGGAUUGCUCUUACUGGCUUGGUUCAGCCUGUGGACGCACCAGACGGCCAAGGGCAAGGACGCCAAUGGCAAAGCGCAUCAUUACACAAAUGGCAGAAAUGGGAGCAGUAAUGGACACAGUUACCAAUACAACAAUCAUGAACAUAUGAACAAUUCCCACACAGACUCUCACAUUAAUAGUGCACAGAAUGGUACCAAAAAGCACUAUGAGAACAGGACUCCACUGCCCACCACUGAAAAUGUUGUGGUGUUCUCUCUAGGCCUGUUGGCUAUCCCCUUCCUCCCCGCCACAAACGUCUUUUUCUACGUUGGGUUUGUGAUAGCAGAGCGAGUACUGUACAUCCCCAGCAUGGGCUUCUGCUUGCUGGUGGCAGUGGGGAUGAGGUCUCUGUACGUCCGUCUGCGGCGCAGGUCCUCCAGGGCUGCGUUGGUGUACUGCAGCGCCGCCCUGCUUCUGCUUUUUGGUGUCAAAACCGUUUUGAGGAACCGGGACUGGCAGAAUGAGGAGAUGCUCUACAAGUCAGGGAUUUAUGUCAAUCCCGCUAAAGCAUGGGGCAACCUCGGAAAUGUCCUGAAGAGCCAGGCCAAGAUGGAGGAGGCUGAGCAGGCGUACAGAAACGCCCUCUAUUACCGCAGCAACAUGGCUGACAUGCUGUAUAACCUUGGUUUGCUGCUGCAGGAGAGCAACAAGUUCUCAGAGGCGCUCCACUAUUAUAAGCUGGCCAUUGGGAGCCGGCCAACUCUGGCUUCGGCCUACUUGAACACAGGCAUCAUCCUGAUGAAUCAGGGUCGCCUGGACGAGGCCAAGCGCACCUUCCUGACCUGCGCUGAUAUCCCUGAUGAGAACCUGAAGGACCCCCACGCCCACAAGAGCUCAGUCACCAGCUGCCUGUACAACCUGGGCAAGCUGCUCCAUGAACAGGGACACCAGGAGGAGGCCCUCACAGUGUUUAAAGAAGCAAUACAGAAAAUGCCAAGACAAUUUGCACCACAGAGCCUCUACAACAUGAUGGGAGAGGCCUACAUAAGACUGAACAGGCUGCCUGAGGCCGAACACUGGUACAGAGAGUCCCUGCGAGCCAAGCCGGACCACAUUCCUGCACACCUCACUUAUGGCAAACUCCUGGCUAUGACGGGGCAGAAAACAGAAGCAGAGAGGUACUUCCUGAAGGCCAUCCAGCUCGAUCCCACAAAGGGAAACUGUUACAUGCAUUAUGGUCAGUUUUUGUUGGAAGAGUCGCGGCUGCUGGAAGCGGCGGAGAUGGCAGAGAAAGCUGCGCGCCUCGACGGCGGGGAGUUUGAUGUGGUCUUCAGCGCGGCCCACAUGCUCAGACAAGCCAGCCUAAAUGAGGCCGCCGAGAAGUAUUACGGACAAGCAGCGAUCCUGAGACCCAAUUACCCUGCAGCCUUGAUGAACCUGGGGGCGAUCCUCCACCUCAAUGGGAAGCUGCAGGAAGCUGAAGCCAAUUACCUCCGAGCACUUCAACUGAAACCAGAUGACACCAUCACCCAGUCCAACUUGCGUAAGCUGUGGAACAUCAUGGAGAAACAGGGCCUGAGGACCACGAGCCCUUGAGCUCGCCCCGCCCGCCUACCUGCCAUCUGUACGCCAGACCUGGAGGAAAGGACGGCCUACAUGCUCCUCGCUCGCUCUUGUCAUCCAGGACAGAUGGAGGAGACUCAGGGAGGAUGUUUGCUCAGAGAGGCCGUGACUGUGCCGUGCAGCCCUCCUAAUAACUCCUGAGCUCUUCAUACACCUCAGGCCAGCAGCUUUCCUCAGAAGCAUUGCUCACAGUCUGGCAGGCGCUACAUGGUGUUUGGACUGUUUAGAACAUUCUUCAAAAUUAGUACUCUCACAGGAACCACGUUUUUUUUCUUUCCUCUUUUAUAACUACAGCACUUGAACUUGAAGGGAGAUAGGUACAUCCUUCAACAUUUGUGAUGAAUUAGGGUUUUUUUCAAAUAAGCUGUUGUAGUUCAAAGUGGUGAAAUUUGUCCCCGAGCAGCGCGAGAUAAAAUAUGAAAAGAGAGAAAAGAAUCUCAGACAACUGCACUGAGGCUGUUUUCCAUCACCGUUUGAUGAAGUUCUUCUCCGAUCAGAUGUUCUGUCUUUAAAAAGGAAUGAAGUAAGGCAAUUUGAAGAAUGGGAUAGCAUUCAAAAUCAAAUUAAUGAUGGAAAUCCAGUGUAAAUCGCUAAAAUCUCAUUCACAGCCUCAGUGGGUCACUUUGUUUUGCUAAUGAGAUUUCACACACUUCAUAAUGAAGAUAUGAAAAUGAACACCAUCAUCUUUAAACCAUUUGUAGCGUAGAUCCUGAUCUUUGGGGAAAGCCUGAAAAAGGGAAUUUAAUUUGGUGGCCAUCACAGCACAACAGCCUCUAAAAGCUCUGUGACGGCUGGAUUCUGCCAAAUGCAAAGGAAACGGGACUCCUUUCACGCCUUCGAAUCAAAUGUGUGAAUCUUCUUCAGCAGUGUACAGUAGCAUACGUAUCACUACCGCUUCUUGCUCUGCACAGGCAAACUUGUUUGUUUGCAACAAUAAGAAGCUAUGAAUGGAAACAUUAAGCUACCUUCCUGUGGAAGUCGGCAGGUACGGUAGUUUUGGUCACACCCUCCCCCCCACACGCCCGAAAGCUCUUACGUACGGGCGUGCGGAGCCGAAACACAAUAAACUUCUUUUAACCAAAUCCAAAAGCUAUGCCGAUGCACACCUUUUCACCACAGAACAACACACAGACAUAGCACGUCUGAGGGACAUGUUUUAAUGUUUUUGUUGGAAUAAAACUAAUUUCAUUGUGUUUGUAUAAAUGAAUCCUAAUAUAUACCGACAUUGUGUAUAGUAUACAGAAAAUCAUGCAGCAAAAAAGUAGCCAGACUUAAAGGAGGCUCAGAAGUUUGGUUCUCUACAUGAAGUAUUUCCAAUAUUGUCAAGACUCAGUCUUAAGGUCUCAUUUUGUAUAUAUUCUGUGCAAUUAACAUCUAUUUGUUUUGUUGUUGUCAGCAUACAGUAAGUGAAACAGCACCUUCCCAGAAGUAAGAAUAUGUGCAGUGUUUGUGAUCAUUUGUUUGGUCUUGGUCACAAACCUCCUUCGUGUCCUUCGUUUAUACAUUGUAAGUUAUUGCUUUGUGUUACCUUAGCAACAGAACCAGCUGGCACUGUGUUUUUACAUGUAUUAUGAAGUUAGCGGAUGUCCAAAUACAGCUGAGUGGCCCAUUCUAGAUUAAUACAGAGCAGCAGCCACAAUGGAGGAUGAUCAUUUUGAAUAUGUAUGUCACUAUGUGUAAGUCACAUUGGUGUUAACUCUGCUCUGUUUUUUGACUGCGGCGGUCACGAGUGAUAUGUUCCGUAAGAUGUUCACAGUUCACGCUCAUUCCUGCCCCACACCUCACACCCCCCAUCGUCAAACUGCGCGCUUGUGUCUCCUGUGUGUGUACAGAAAGUGUUUAUGAAAAAACACUGAUAGUUGUUCCUGCUUGAGUGAAGAUGUAACAAAAAAAACAAACAAAAAAAAAGCGUUUCACUCUGUGUCUCUGCUCAGGGAUCUCAAACGGUGGGUUAUUGCAGAAACGUGUCCACAGAGCGUUUACUAAAUUAAAGAUUUAUUUUUGAAAGUUGUUGUAUUUGUAUAAAUUAUCGAGAUUUGUAGCCUUUUUCUCCUUUUUGUAAUAUAAAGAUGAACAAUUUGCCAGAAUAGACUUUUCUUCCCAAUGUUGCUUUUUUUUCCACAAU